AUGAUUGCUAGAACCUCACUUGUGAACUUCGGCGUUCUUAUCAUUGAUGCCCCUGAUGGUGACUUUGAGGCUGGUUUUGCUCAUGAUGGUCAGACCUGUGAACAUGAAAAUCUAGCCAAUGCUCUUGUUAUGAAGCAGAUGAUCUGCUAUAUCAACAAGACACUUCUACUAUUUAUGUAUGCCACCACCUCCAACUACUCCAAGAAAUGGUAUAACACAAUUGUGGAGUAUGUGCAGUCCUUCUUGCAGAAGAUUGGCUUUGACCCAGCAUUUGUGCCCAUAUGGGGCUUGGACAGAGAUAAUUUGACCACGAGGUCAGUCAACAUGGCCUGA